AGCCGAGCUUUUAGAGGUGUUUGGCCCUGCUUUAACUUUUGAAGCCAAAAAGCACUUCUAAAAGCCGGGUCAAACAUAGACAUUGAAUGAGAAGCAAACAAGAACAAAUAAAUAAGGAGAAAAAGGUACAACAAAACAACCAUUGAAACCAUAACCGAAUAGGUAGUAUCAUAGAAACUUUGUCCAUAUAACCAUAAAGAAGACUCAUGCUGCAUUGAAUAGUAAGUCUCGAGAGAUUAUUUUUUGGACAAAGUUUUGUAAAUUUUUUGAAUUAUUCUAGUAGUGACAUAAUAUUGAUCAGUCAUAUAUGAAAAUAGUUGCAUUGCAUUCAAGCCAUAUUCUCCAGAAGAUAGCACGAGGAAGAGACGUCAAACAUUUUGAGAAGUUGAUGUUGCUUGAGAGCAGUGGUCAUUCGAUUGUCAGUGUCCAACAACGUUAUGAGAUUGGCCCAAUAAUACCUAGCCUAGUGAGUAGUGAAGAGGUAGUCUCAUAUAUGACACGAGAAGUGACAAUGAAGAAAUUUUAUCUUAUAUAAAUAUAUAUAUAAUGUUCAAAAGGAUACGUCCAGCUUGCCUCCAUGAAUUUUUACAUUCUAAUUAUUUUUGAAGGCCAAUUUCAUAAAUAGUAUGAUAAUAUUCAUGACAACUUAGUCAAAUUAUCAAAAAUCGUUCUAUUUUCAUUUCUAGUAAAGUGUAUAAAAAGAAAAUGUGGGGCCGAUAAAAAAAAAGAGUUAUUUAUUUGCUUUGUGAUGUUACUUGUCUUUCUGUCUUGAGAUACUCUUCUUCUCAUCAUAGCAAUUGAUUGAGUUUUUGCUUUGCGACGUUAUUGUUGUUCCUCUCUUUUCAAUUUCAUGUCAAUAAACAAUGGAUAAGCAAUUCGGUGUUCUUGGUUAGGAAUUCAAACACAUAACAUCUAAUUGUUAUGGGACAAUCCAAGUACCACAUCGGUUAUACAAGGGAAGGAACCCUUGUAUAUUAGUGUCCACCAAUCUCAUUAGUACGAGGCCUUUUGGGGAGGACACCCAAGAGUAAAACCGUGCGGGCUCGGCCCAAAGCGGACAAUAUCGUACUAAUUGAGCGCCCCGAUUUCGACAAAUACCUAUAACAAUAAUCAAUUGAUAAUAAUAACUCAAAUUAUUAAGAGAAAUUGAAUAAUAAUUCAUUCUCAAGCCUCCCAUCACAUCAGCUCUUAUUUAUACGUUAGGUAACAAUGAAUUAGUUCAGGAGUUUGACCACACUGAAAAACCGACCCCAGUCUUUGCCGUCUUGAACAGCGGAAGUUCAAUCAAACUGACCUUGCAUUCCUUCUUUCUUUGACACCGCCAAAAAAGUCAAGUCAAACGGUAACGGUCUCCCUUUCUCCUAUUCCGAAAUAAAUAGUCAAGUCAAACAGCAAUUCAUAAACCAUGCAAUGUGUCAUUCCAUUCCAUUCAAAGUUCUAACGACUUGAACUCAAUAUCAAAUGUCAAUUGAAAGCUUCGCUCAUUGAAGUUAGAAGGGAGAUGCGCGAAUCCCAUGUUAAAAUUUGUUGUUCAAACUUCAAAGUUAGUUGUAUGCCUGUAUCAUUAAAAAAAAAAACAAUACUAAAAAAGUCAACUGUCGUUACCAAUUAUUAAGGUACUACGUUUUCCAUGCUAGCCGCCGCCGGCCAGCAGCCAGCCGCCACCAUAUGACUGGCAUAUGACUAUUCAUCGCGCAUGUUUAUAAAAGGUUACUCGUCGGAAGGACGCUUAAAAUCAAGCAAGUUCCAACAAUAAUACUGUUAUACAUAGCUAAGGUAAAUGCAUUUUCAUGUCCUUUCUGUCUUUCUAAUGCAGUUUCCAUCCAUUAUAUAUGUGGUGUGUUUAACUGAGCAAGUGUUGAACUUGUGCAGGAAGGAAAGAAACGUUAACCUUAAGAGUUCAAAAAUGGAAGUGUCGGUGAUAUCGACGGAAAGCAUCAGACCAUGGUCAUCAUCAGCAGGAAGAGACAACGAAUUCAAACCAUUCAAGCUAUGCCUACUCGAUCAGCUCAUGUUCUCCACUCAUGCUCCAGUCGUCCUCUUCUACCCCAUGAAGGAGGCCCAUCAUCCUGACGAGAAAAUGGUUGCUAGGUGGCUGAAAGAGUCCUUGUCCAAGACCUUGAAUCCCUUCUAUCCUGUAGCCGGGAGAGUGAAAGACAACCUCGUCAUCCACGACUUUGAAAAGGGCGUCCCCUUCACCGAAGCCCGAGUGAAGGGACACAGUCUGUCUGAUGUUCUGACCUCACCACGUGGCGGCGGUGGACCCAAGUUGGAGUUCCUCAACAACUUGCUCCCAUUCGAGCCAUUCUGUCAGGGACACGAGAAUGUUGCAUCUGGUUCCCACGCACAAGUAUCUGUGCAACUCAACACAUUUGACUGUGGUGGGAUCGCGAUUGGGAUCAACCUGUACCACAAGCUCAUGGACGGGGCAACCACCAGCGCGUUCCUCCACACAUGGGGAGCCAACUGCAGCAAUGAUCCUCAGCUGAAGAAGCAACCCGAGCUACACAAAGCAUCCUCAGUUUUCCCUCCCAAGCACUCAAUCCCUAUCGAGUCCCAGACAUUCUCGGACAGGAUGCUGUUCGAGGAUGUGGGAGGACAACGACGACGACAGGGUGCCUCGAGGAGAUUCGUGUUCGAUGAGAAGGCUAUCGCGACACUAAGAACCAAGGCGAGGCUCAGCGUCCUUCAUCCGACUCGUCUUGAAGCUCUGUCCGCUUUCAUUUGGGAAUCAGCCCUUAGGGCAACGGCUGCUGCGGGUGAUGCGCAGCAGCUGAUGUUUCUCAUGCAGGGUGUUAACAUGAGGCAAUUGAUGAGCCCGCGCUUGUCCAAGCACUCCCUAGGAAACCUCGUGGCCACGGCGAUGGCGUCUUGCGUGGAUAGCUCCAACAGAUCGAUGGAGGAGCUGGUGAGCCUUAUAAGAGAUGGGAAUCUGAGGGUGGAUGAGAACUACCUCAACGCUAUCUCCGGCGACCAAGGUUUCCCGACCAUGAUGCAAGGGCAGAAGUUUUUGCAAGAGAUAACAGGAGGGUUUUCACGAAAAACCUUAGCUUGUUCGAGUUGGGUUGGGUUCGGUUUCAAUAAUUUUGACUUCGGUUGGGGGAAGCCUAUCUGGUCCGGUUUGUUUGGAGACCCUAGUGGAGAACAUCCUUUUAUGAACAAUACCAUAAUUUUCAAGGAGGUGGCUGCUCGAGGUCAUGGAAGAUCGAAAGCCAUAGAGGCAUGGAUAAGGCUAGAUGAAGAUGUCAUGGCUCUUCUUGAACAUGAUGCUCACUUCCUGGAGUAUGCUUCCCCCAAUCCUCCUCUCAUUCUUGAUUGAUCAUAAACUACCUAUACCAUUCUCCAUGCGAGAAACUCUGAAUUUGAACUUGUACUUGUAAUCUUUGAACCUAUCUUCUUUUCGCUUUCGUUAUUACCAAAACUAUAUGGGGAAAAAUUUGAUCAAUCAUCAGACAGCUAGCUGAUGUGAUGAUCACUACAUAAAUGUAAUCAUUUAAUGGUUUAUCUUGAAUAAUGGAUGCCGCCUUUUCAUUAGCCACCUCUAAUCACAACUGCCAUCAUUGCAUUGAGAAAAGGAGAGGGCCAAGCAAGUUUUCUGCUCAAAUACACCUAUUGUCUAAACAUUAUUAUUGUAUUCAAGUUGGAACUUAUGAUUUCAGUUUGUGUUUGUGAUUAUUAACUCACUGUAAAAAUAAUUAAUUUUAUGUGUUUUCAUUAUUAACGAAUAUUAUUUUUAUUAUUAUCAUUGCACGUUUAAUUACCAACGUGGCUUGCUGAAAUAUUUGACGCUCCAUUUGUGUUCAUUAUUAAGCUAAAUUGAUUCUGAUUUUCUUCAUUACCAUCAAUGUAUUAUGUAUGUAAGCUAAACUUCAUUAAGAUCUCCCAAUAGAAAAAAAUGUCUUCUCCGAAAAAAAAUAAAAGCUCAUGUCUCUCCCUAACGUUGGAAUUCUAGACUCUAGAGAGGAAAGUGUUAUGAAAAUUGAAAAGGAAAGUUUAAAAAAGUGUCAUAAUUACUGUCGAACGUAAUUUAAUAACACAAUUUAAGACAUGAGUUCCGGUAUAAAACUCUGGCCUGCAAAAUCCGAUUGUAUCAUCGUGUAUCAUCAUAUCACGAUAAUACAACCAUAUUUUGUAGGGUUUUGCAUGCAGGGUUUUUCUAUCCUAGCCGCUCCAAUAUUUUAAUUAAAAUUAGAUAGAUAUAUUAAUUAGUCAGUUUAGCUUAAGGGAUCCAGUAUGAUAAGGUCGGGUGUACAAUAAGAUUCCUGCACCCCUUUUCCAUCUUUUGUCCUAGCUAGGCCGAGUUCCACUCUCUUUUCCACCCACCGACCCCAUCAGUUUUGCCUCUCCGUCGAUUCCCUGAAGGCUGGCCAAGUUGGAGCUAUGGCCGGAGAUGGAUAGCCAGAGAAUCGAAGUCAGAACGCCAAUCCCUUACUAAAUCUCCUGAUUACCCUUAAGUGCUUCCCCGCCAAUUAAUACCACAAAAUUAAAUCCCAAGACCUUCAUUAGUUUAAUCCCAACUUGUGAUCUCAAGGGGAACUGCAUUGAUUACCCAGAUCCACUGCAUAUGGAAAUGAGAGAUAUUGUCUACAUGAUAAUAAGAACUGAAGCUUCGUCCAUUGAUGAACUGUACGUACCAUUUUUUAUGUUUUCCUCUAGCUAGAAAACAAUCAUUAUAUAUACCGUACGUAUACAAUAUAUAUCCUGUUUAAUUUGUAAAGCAUAAGGUACUGGACGUGCAUUUCCAUGCUAUUGAAAGUUUCCCAAGUCCCCAAAAGCACAGCUAAUCAAUUCAGAUUUCAGAC